UGCGUGGUGACAGCAGCAGCCCGGCUUUGGUCUUCCUCUCCAUGCCGUCCCGGUGCGAACCCACGACCGGAGCCGGACCUAGUUUCCUGUACGGGAACCAAGCGAGCUCAGAGAGGCCGACCAUUCCUCUUCUCCGGUGCUCGUUGACGCUGGCUGGCAGGAUGACAUUUGAGGGCGUGUGACAAGAUAAAAGUGAAAUGAAUCAAAAUCCCUGCUGUGGAAGCCAUCCAAGUAGCCUCAGUGCUCUCCUAGACAAGAAGGUCCAAGCGGAGGAUGGAGGACACAUGAGAGCUGAGACGCUUUCAGACAUCAGACUGCAUGAGGAGACCCUGGUCCUCACCGAUACGUAACCCCCCCGCUGCCUGAACAUGAGGCGCUUCCAAUCCUUGGCCAACGACGACCGCCAUGUCAUGGCCAAGCACGGUAGCAUCUAUCCGGCCCCCGAGGAGCUGGAGGCGGUCCAGACGCUGGUGUCCACCGUGGAGGCGGCCCUCAAGAAGGUCUCCGAUUGGCUUGACGGCCUCAACACUUCCGAGGUGGACGAGGCCGCCGACGGCACAAAGACGGACGCCACGUCCACGCUGUGCGGUGUGACCAGGGUGGGUCUGCUGUCAAAGGGCCUGCUGAUCAAAGACGACAUGGACCUGGAGAUGGUUCUCAUGUGCAGGCGGAAACCCACCAAGCCGCUGCUCGACACCGUCAGCGCCAAUCUGCCCCUUCAAAUCCAGACGUUGACGGAGGACAAAUACGAUGUGCGCUCAUGUGUUGCCGAGGCCGCCGUCUUGGUCUGCAGCGGUAAAGACCCCCGCCUCAGCCUGAAAGUCACGCUGUCCUGCUUGGACAUGCGGGGGGAGGAUCAGGGCGGCACACAGCGAGAGGCUGACGGCGAGACGUUGCAGAGCAAAGAGGAUGGAGACAUGCUGGACGGACGCAAGUGCCGGGCGGCGCUGGCUUCGCUACGACACGCCAAGUGGUUCCAGGCCAGAGUGUCUCAUGUGAAGUGGUGCGUGCUGGUGCUGAGGCUGCUCAGAGACAUGUGCAACAGGCUGGCCGUGUGGAGGCCGCUCAAAGGAUGGCCUCUGGAGCUCAUCUGUGAGAAAGCCGUCGCCACCUGUAGUCGCCCUCUGCGGCCAGGGGAGGCGCUGCGGCGCGUCAUGGAGUGCAUCGCCUCGGGGAUUCUCCUUCCAGGAGGUCCAGGAGUUCACGACCCCUGUGAGAGGGAACCUACCGAUGCCUUAAGUCACCUCAGCGUCCAGCAGGCUGACGCCAUCACUCACAGUGCGCAGCAUGCGUUGAGACUGGUGGCGUUCGGACAGCUUUACAAGGUUUUAAACAUGGAUGCUCUCCCCAGCAGCAGGCCUUCAGAAGGCGGCUGUCACAAGAGACUUCGAGACGACACCGGCUCUGAAGACCGAGACCUCAUGAAGAGGAUGAGAGUGCUGGACUGGAGGAUGAUGGACCCCAAACACCCCAUGAACGCCCUCAUGCGCUUGAACCAAAUCCACCCGGGCCUGCAGUACCGCCUGCUGUCCCAGUCCGGCCCAGUCCACGCGCCCGUCUUCACCAUGUCUGUGGAGAUCCAGGGAAGCACCUACCAGGCCAGUGGGAACUCCAAGAGGAGCGCCAAGCUGCAGGUGGCCCUCAAGGCGCUGCAAGCUCUGGGCUUCACGCUGAGCAACGACGGCGACGCAGACUCACUGGGCGCUAAUGACAAGUCAGAUGGCGAAGGAAAGAACGACAGGAUCGCAGACUCACAGGAAUCCAGAGCUGCGGGUCCCAUGCUGACAGCGGGAGGGAAGAAUCCCGUGAUGGAGCUGAACGAAAAACGCCGCGGCCUCAAGUACGAGCUGAUCUCAGAGAGCGGUGGCAGCUACGACAAACGCUUCAUCAUCGAGGUGGAGGUGGACAAGCAGGUUUUCCGGGGGACGGGUCCCAACAAGAAGGUGGCCAAAGCCAGCGCCGCCUUGGCCGCCCUCAACAGCCUCUUUGCUGGAUCCAAGUGUGCUGGCGCCAAAAAGAAGAGAAUCAUCCCACCCCCAAAGCGAGCCACGGCGUCCGUGCUGACGCUGCCGGCUCUCGCCACUCGGCCCUUACAGGCGCCCGUCAUCCCCAGAGCGCCCUACGUGGGCACGCCGCCCGCACACGGAUACGUCCCGUCAGGCUUUGGCGCUCCGUUUGGCUUCAGCCUCGCCGGCCCCCUCCCCCCGGCCUACGGCGGUCUGUACCUGGAUGCCGCCGCCUACUACCAGCCGCAGGCUCUGGCCACGCCCCUCAUCAUCCACCUGGGCCCUCAGGACCUUUUCUGACAGACUCCGCCUCCUGUGUGGCCACGCAGCAAUACCCAAAGCAAUAUGGAGCACGGACCACGGCCCCCCGGUCACAUGACCAUGUGGUAACAAGCCAAUAAGACACAAAGCAAUACGUCCUGCUGUGACGUGUAAAUAUGAUUAUUAGUAAUAAUAAUAAUGUGAUUGUGUGCAAAUGCUAAUUAUGGAUUUAAAUGUGGCAAAAGUCUCUUUGUCUUUUUCUAUCAGCGCACGGAAUCACCCAAAUGCAGCACAGCCUCUCAUAGCGACCCCCGGAUAGCGUGCACGUGUGCCCCCCCUAGCGGCUGCGUCGUGUUUGACACGUGAUGCGCUCAUGGCAUUGUUUGUCAAAUAAAACCACCUCACACUAAAUAGAAUGUUUAAACGUUUGGACUUCUCAAAUCCGUUAUGAGCGUUUCCAAAAAAUGAAAGUUUGGCAUUCGUGAGUAUGAGCAAAAGGUCAACGUCUUUUUCUAUAGUAUGUGUUUCUGUGUUUUCCGUGCAUUUUCCCGUGCGUUCACUCGUGUCAAUCCCAAAGGCUUCCAUUCGUUUGCGGCCGGAGAUGAGGCUACAGUGCCCUCUGCUGGACGUUACUGUGAGUCGCAAGGCAGGAAAAGUACACUUCAAUAAGUCUACUCUACUCGAUGUUUUCUACAUAUGCUAAGGUGUUAUUAUAUUUAUAUUUCAGUGCAUCUCAGCUUUGUCAUAGAGCCGAAAAAACAUCUUAUUAAUAUCAACGUCACUGUUUUUUCCCCAAUUUUUACUCAAUUUCUACGCAUUUUUUCCCCCCAAACAACAUUUCAACAUUCUACUUGUAUAUUAUCUUCCUAAAUAUUGUGUCCCUAAUAUUUUGACAUUAUUCCCAUAAUAUUAGAACUUUAAA